GGUGUCACGUCAUCACUUCCAUAACGCACUUCUCGCGAUAUUAUGUUUCAGGAAGUUCCACGUCAGUACCCAGUGCACUGCUCACUGAAGUCGCUGGUUUGGACCCGAUAGCAACUACUUCCAAAGAUUUUCUGGUUUAGUUGCUUCUACAUAGGGGUGAAACAUGCCUCUGAGGCUGGACAUUAAGCGGCGGCUUACUGCCAGAUCAGACCGUGUGAAGAGUGUGGAUCUUCAUCCAACUGAGCCAUGGAUGCUAGCCAGUCUGUACAACGGCAGCGUCUGUGUUUGGAAUCACGAAACGCAGACUCUUGUCAAGACUUUCGAAGUAUGUGACCUCCCUGUCAGAGCGUCUAAAUUUGUUGCACGGAAGAACUGGGUGAUCACAGGAGCGGAUGACAUGCAGAUUCGUGUGUUCAACUACAACACCUUAGAGCGGGUCCACAUGUUUGAGGCCCACUCUGACUACAUCCGCUGCAUUGCUGUUCAUCCAACCCAGCCAUACAUUCUCACCAGCAGUGAUGACAUGCUGAUCAAGCUGUGGGACUGGGAGAAGAAGUGGACAUGCAGUCAGGUGUUUGAGGGUCACACUCAUUAUGUCAUGCAGAUUGUCAUCAACCCCAAGGACAACAAUCAGUUUGCUAGCGCCUCGCUUGACAGGACAAUAAAGGUUUGGCAGCUGGGCUCUUCGUCCCCUAAUUUCACCUUGGAAGGUCACGAGAAAGGAGUAAACUGCAUUGAUUACUACAGCGGAGGAGACAAGCCUUACCUGAUCUCAGGGGCUGAUGAUCGGCAGGUCAAGAUCUGGGACUACCAGAAUAAGACCUGUGUUCAGACUUUAGAGGGGCAUGCCCAGAAUGUCUCUUGUGUCAGCUUCCACCCUGAACUGCCCAUUAUCAUUACCGGAUCAGAGGAUGGCACGGUGCGGAUCUGGCACUCGAGCACUUACCGCCUGGAAAGCACUUUGAACUAUGGCAUGGAGCGAGUGUGGUGUGUUUGUGGCCUCAGGGGCUCCAACAAUGUGGCCCUGGGGUAUGAUGAAGGCAGCAUCAUUAUCAAGGUGGGCAGAGAGGAGCCUGCCAUGUCUAUGGACACAAAUGGCAAAAUCAUCUGGGCUAAACACAGUGAAGUACAACAGGCCAAUCUGAAGGCAAUGGGGGAUGCUGAAAUCAAGGAUGGUGAGAGACUACCUCUGGCUGUUAAAGACAUGGGCAGCUGUGAGAUUUACCCCCAAACCAUCCAGCAUAACCCAAAUGGAAGGUUUGUUGUGGUGUGUGGAGAUGGAGAGUACAUCAUCUAUACCGCUAUGGCUUUGAGGAACAAGAGCUUUGGCUCCGCUCAGGAGUUUGUUUGGGCACACGACUCUUCAGAAUACGCUAUCAGAGAAAGCAACAGUGUGGUCAAAAUCUUCAAAAAUUUCAAAGAGAAGAAAUCUUUUAAGCCUGAUUUUGGAGCAGAAGGGAUUUACGGAGGUUUUCUGCUUGGGGUGAGGUCAGUGAAUGGUCUGGCGUUUUAUGACUGGGAAAACACGGAGCUCAUUCGGCGCAUCGAGAUUCAGCCCAAACAUAUCUUCUGGUCGGACUCUGGUGAAUUGGUCUGCAUUGCUACAGAAGAGUCUUUCUUCAUUCUACGCUACAUGGCAGAUAAAGUUGCUGCUUCCCAGGAGAACAAUGAAGGAGUGACAGAAGAUGGGAUUGAAGAUGCCUUUGAGGUCCAAGGAGAGAUCCAGGAAAUUGUAAAGACUGGGCUUUGGGUUGGAGACUGCUUCAUCUACACCAGCUCUGUAAACAGACUCAACUACUUUGUAGGAGGAGAGAUUGUGACUAUUGCUCACCUGGACAGAACCAUGUACCUGCUGGGUUACAUCCCAAAAGAUGACCGCCUGUACCUGGGAGACAAAGAGCUCAACAUUGUCAGUUACUCACUGCUGGUCUCCGUUCUGGAGUACCAGACUGCUGUAAUGAGAAGAGACUUUGGAAUGGCAGACAAGGUGUUGCCAACUAUCCCUAAAGAACAAAGGACCAGAGUCGCACAUUUCCUGGAGAAACAGGGUUUCAAACAGCAGGCGCUGGCUGUGUCCACUGACCCAGAGCACAGGUUUGAGUUGGCCUUGCAACUGGGAGAGUUGAAGAUCGCCUACCAGCUGGCUGUGGAAGCAGAGUCUGAGCAGAAGUGGAAACAGCUGGCAGAACUGGCGAUCAGUAAAUGCCAGUUCAGUCUGGCUCAGGAGUGCCUGCAUCACGCUCAGGACUAUGGUGGCCUGCUUCUCCUCGCCACAGCCUCUGGUAAUGCCAGCAUGGUGGGGAAGCUGGCUGAAGGAGCAGAGAGGGAUGGCAAGAACAAUGUGGCCUUUAUGACAUACUUCCUUCAGGGGAAACUUGAUCAAUGCCUGGAGCUUCUGAUCAGGACAAACAGACUACCAGAGGCGGCCUUUUUGGCUCGCACCUACCUGCCCAGCCAGGUGUCCCGUGUGGUCAAACUGUGGAGGGAGAGUUUAUCCAAAGUCAACCAGAAGGCAGCUGAAUCCCUCGCAGACCCCACCGAAUAUGAAAACCUGUUCCCAGGCCUGAAGGAAGCCUUUGCAGCAGAACAUUAUCUGAGAGAGACCUGCGUGGGCGGCUCCAGACCUGCUAAAGACUAUCCUCUUGUCACACCCAAUGAAGACAGGAAUAUCCUGGAAGAGGCUCAAGGAUAUGAGCCCAAAGGCACUUUCAUUCCCUUUGUAUCUGAGACAAAGGACAGCGAAGAAUCCAGCUCCGUCGCUCCUGUCACCCCUUCACAGCCUGAACCUCCAGCUCCUAAAGCACCUGAAAAAGAGCCAGAGGAAGAUGUUCUUGAUUUUGAACAGAAAGAGAAGACUCUGGAUGAGCUAGAAGUGGAUCUGGACAACAUGGAAUUGGACGACAUUGACACCACAGAUGUGAACCUCGAUGACGAUUUCUUGGAAGAUUGAAACCUCAAACUUUCUUCAGAACAUAUUUAAAUGAAAGGGACCAAAUCCCCUUUCCCCAUUCUUUUUUUAUUGUAUGAAAACGUGUAAUAUUGCCAUGUUGACCUACCACUUUUGAGAAGUUUCCUUUAGAAGAAGUUCUGUUCUAUUUUCUAGAUUAAGGUGGAGAGGUUGUAACUUUUCCAUUUUUUUUUUUUGUCAUUUAUUGAUGGAGACCUAAAAAAUUUUCUGUCCACUAUACAUUGUUAUUCACUUUUUGCUUUGUGUUGCCUUUAUGCAAAUCAAAGUCAAUUCAGUCCAAUAAAAUGUGGUUGCUGUACAUA